AGGGGCACCUCCCUAAUGGCUGCAUGUACGCCUCUUCGUCGCCCCCACCUCGCUGGUAACCCUAAGUCGCAGUAUAUAUAGGAUCCCCUAUCUUCCAACAUCCGGCUGAAGGUGUGAGUAGGGUCAUUUCGCAGUCGUCGCCUCCCGAGGGGAUUCUAGCAACAGCGCCUUCAGGUAACCAAACAGGAAAAAAGCCACCAUGUGUGACGACGACGCUACAGCGCUGGUGUGCGACAAUGGCUCCGGCCUUUGCAAGGCUGGCUUCGCCGGUGAUGACGCCCCUCGCGCCGUCUUCCCCUCCAUCGUCGGUCGCCCUCGUCACCAGGGCGUGAUGGUCGGUAUGGGUCAGAAGGAUGCCUACGUAGGAGACGAGGCCCAGAGCAAGAGAGGUAUCCUCACCCUCAAGUACCCCAUCGAGCACGGCAUCAUCACCAACUGGGACGAUAUGGAGAAGAUCUGGCAUCACACCUUCUACAACGAACUUCGAGUCGCUCCCGAAGAAUCCCCCGUUCUGCUGACCGAGGCGCCCCUCAACCCGAAGGCCAACCGCGAGAAGAUGACCCAGAUCAUGUUCGAGACCUUCAGCACUCCCGCUAUGUACGUGGCCAUCCAAGCAGUGUUGUCCUUGUACGCCUCUGGUCGUACCACGGGCAUCGUCUUGGACUCCGGCGAUGGAGUAACGCACACAGUCCCAAUCUACGAAGGCUACGCCCUUCCUCACGCCAUCAUGCGAUUGGAUCUAGCUGGGCGUGACCUGACCGAUUACGCGAUGCGCAUCCUGACCGAGAGAGGGUACUCGUUCACAACGACAGCUGAGCGCGAAAUUGUGAGGGACGUCAAGGAGAAGCUCUGCUACGUCGCUCUCGACUUCGAAGGCGAGAUGGCCCAGGCCGCUGCAUCUACGUCUGUUGAGAAAUCCUACGAACUUCCCGAUGGUCAGGUCAUCACCAUCGGAAACGAACGUUUCCGAUGCCCUGAGGCUAUGUUCCAGCCUUCUUUCUUGGGUAUGGAAUCCUCGGGCAUACAUGAAACAGUCUACCAGUCCAUCAUGAAAUGUGACGUCGAUAUCAGGAAGGAUCUCUACGCAAAUACCGUCAUGUCCGGUGGUACCACCAUGUACCCUGGUAUCGCUGACAGGAUGCAGAAGGAAAUCACCACUCUUGCUCCUUCCACCAUCAAGAUUAAGAUCAUCGCUCCCCCUGAGAGAAAGUACUCCGUCUGGAUCGGCGGCUCCAUCUUGGCUUCUCUGUCCACCUUCCAGUCCAUGUGGAUCACCAAGGAAGAGUACGACGAGUCUGGACCCGGCAUCGUCCACCGAAAAUGCUUCUAAACCCAAAAUUAUAUACUUGUCUUUUAACAAGACCCAGAAAUCGAUAUAGAUAGUAAUUUAUUAUUCAACCAUUUUUUUCUAUUUCUUAUUAAUGAGGUGACACUGAUUUUGACCAGUUAUCAUUUUUUUAUUUUUGUAAGAAUGUUUUCAACUUAUAUGCCCCUCUUCUCAGUACACAUUAGAGUCCUUUUGCACAGUUUACAAAGUCAAUUAAGAUUUCGAAAUCAUGUUAUAAGCGUAAAAUCCAGUAAUAAAAGACACGUUGGAGC